AUGUAUUAUCACACCUGCUAUGCUCGUCUAUUCUCCACUGCCACACAAUCCUUUUUGAAUUGGAAUUGUGCAAACCAUCGCACGCAAGUUUGGAGGAAAAAGCGGCUAGUGAUGUUUGGAGAUCUUUUUCAUGUAUUCAAAAGACCAGUCACCACCACCAGGCUCCACAUAUGCCGAUACAAAAAAAACCAAGGAGGCAUGCCCGCUCAAUUAACGGUCGCAGUUGGGGCUCGAUUCAUGCUGCGGAGAAACAUGAGUAUUAGAGAUCGUUUGGUGAAUGGAGCAACUGGACAUAUCACUGAGUUGAAGAUGAAAGACGAAAAGGUAGAAUACAUAUUUGUUCAGUUUGGCGGAACAACUGUUUCUGUGCCAAUCCGGAUAAUGGCUGCUCCAUUUCUCCACAAAGAUACCGUUAUGAUCCGAGAGCAGUUUCCUCUGGUUAUUGCCUAUGGUGCCACUAUUCACAAAUCCCAAGGACUCACUUUGAGAAAUGUUGUCGUUCGUUCUCGAAACAUUUUCCAAGCUGGAAUGUUCUAUGUAGCUGUUAGUCGUGUCACCUCUUUGAAAGGACUUCAUUUGGCUGGAUUGCAUACAAACAAGAUAAUUUUCGAUGAAGAUGCAUCAAAAGAAGCGAACAGGCUCCGUUCAACUCUGAAUCCUCCAUUGUCGCCAUUACAAUGUGGAGUAAAUCCGAAGAAGAAUAUGUCGGAUUACUACGAAGCAGCCAAUGAUUCCAAACAAGCAGCAUAG